AUGAAUAUUUCUCAAUCAUCUCAAAUAUUUAUUAAACAAGAACAUCUUGAAGAAAUAAGUCAUUAUAUAUAUAUGAUCAUUUAUCCUAUUGUAUUUUUUCUUGGUAUUGUUGGAAAUCUAAUUUCAUCAUUACUUUUUUCUAUAACAAAACUUAAUCGUACAUCAUGUGGUAUCUAUUUUCUUAUACUUGCUAUAGCAGAUUCAUUGGCAUUAAUUGGUGGUCUUCAUCAUUGUUUAACAAUUGGUUAUCAUGUUGCAGUAAAAAAUGCUUCUUAUUGUCAUGUUCGAAAUUUUCUUCUAUAUACAUCGAUGGAUAUGGCUUCAUGGAUGGUUGUAGCGAUAUCAGUUGAUCGUUAUCUUAAAAUGAAAUUUCCAAUUAAAGCACGAAUGUAUGCAACACAAAAAUUAGCAAUUAUUAUAUCAUGUAUAAUAACAGUUAUUUUUAUUGCAAAAAAUGUUCAUUUAGCAACAAGUUUUAUUGGAGAUUUUUCCGAUGAUGCAGCUGAUCAUUGUGAUCCAAAUCCUGAUUAUCCAUCAUAUAUGUCAUUUUUUAAAAAUAUAUGGCCAUGGAUUGAUUUAACAACAUUUGCUCUGUUACCAUUUAUUAUUGUUACUUUAUGUAAUAUAUUCAUAAUUCGUGACCAAUAUAAACGACGUGUAAAACUACGUAAACGUAAUCUUGAUCAUACAUUAAUAAAAUUACUUUUAGUUAGUUCAGUUUCAUUAAUUCUUUCUAAUCUUCCAAUAACAAUUUUAGCUGUAAUUUAUCCUUAUAUUUCACAAUCAUAUGAUACAAAUGAUACAUACGAUAAAGUUGCAUUUGCAUUUGAUAUUUUACGAUUACCAUCCUAUGGUUCAUUAGCAUUUAAUUUUUAUUUAUAUUAUUAUACAUCAGUUGUUUUUCGACAACAAGCAGUUCUUCUAUUUAAACGUAUAUUUCGAAUUCAAACUGCAACAAGUAAUAAUAAUGAUAUUGAACUAACAAAUCGAACAUAUUCAGAUCAACAACGUUAUGAAACUCGACUUUAUUCAAUUGAAGAAUCGGAUCAAUAUCAACCAACAUCAGAUCAACUAUGGAAUACUAACAGUGUCAUUUCGAAUUUUUAUCGUUAA